AAGAAAUCCCAGUUCACCACGGCUAGAACGCUGACAGAUGGUUGAGCACAUGCUUAUGGGUUAGAUUCAUGGAUGAGCACAGAUCAGGACUUCUCUAACAGCAGCCACCCUGGCCCCCCACUAUUUGCAGAAUCACAUCUGAGCCCCAAAGCAGGUCCAGUGGGUGGCAUCAAAUAGGAAACCCGGAGAUAUUCGUUGGUUCCUGGGAAGGCUGAGGAAGCGCCCUUGUUAAGGGGUGUGUGCAGUGUUGAAAUAUUAGCUGCUGUGGCUGCCAAAGAAGUUCCUGAGCCACCCACAGCCUUUUCUCUUCAGUCCAACCAUGUGUUUACCUUGCCACAAAGAAUGAAAGGACACAAUGUAGACGGGAAAACCACAACUGCAUACGGAGACAAUACUGCUCUGAAGCUUAAAUUUUCCAGGCCUCAAUUUUGCUCAUCUGAGAAAUGGAGCCAAAUGCAAGUAUGUGCUCUGUGUCAUCCUUUACAUGCUAUGAGAACCAAGACAAAUAAGGCUAUACAGGGAGGGUUUGAGGAAGUCUCCUGCCUCCAGGCUCAAUAAAAACAGAGGUCAUUCUCCUAAGCCUUACCGUAGUAGCUAGGUUCUUAAUUAACUGCUCCAUCUUCCAACUGAAAAAGUUCUCUAUGCCAUGGCCCAAAGGACACCAGGGGCUGAGGCCACUCAGCCACCGCCAGGGGCCGCCCACUUAAAUUGGAGUUCUGCCUCGAUGGGGGGCAGGGUUUUGGCUGAAUUUGAAUUCCCAGUGGCCCGCCCUUUGACAAAGUGACAAAAUCCCAUUUGUAAGUAACCUGACGCAUCAAGGGGACUUUUGUGUCGAGAACAGCAGUCAGACUCGGGCGUCCAGGCCAGCAUGCGGCCAGAAUUUUCUUCUGGAGCCCAACCAGGGACGCGCUUCUCACCAGUCACUCUUCACAGGCUUUGGACUGGGUCUUGUUAUGUAGCCCAGGCUGGCCAUGAAUUCAUGACUGCCCGUGCCUCAGAUUCCUGAGUACUGGGGUUAUAAGCUUCUACGACCAAGCCCGGUUUUCCUACAGCUUCCACCUUAGUUCCGUCUCCCGCCUGUGAGAACUGAACUCGAAGCCCCGCCCUGCGUGCUUCCUGCCGUCGCGGAGGGGGCGGAGGGACCAGAUGAGAACGCCUGCGCACACGCGCAUGGAAGGAGGAGCUCUAGCUCACUUCCGGGAGGUGGCCAUGAAUUUCCGUGCCUAAGCUUGCUUCGUGAAACGGGACAGUUUACCAAAAUGUUGCGUGUGGUAAGCUGGAACAUCAAUGGGAUCCGGAGUCCCCUGCAAGGGCUGACAUGCCAGGGACCCAGCAACUGUCCCACAGCCUUGCGACGCAUUUUGGACAAGUUGGAUGCCGAUGUUGUUUGUCUUCAGGAGACCAAAGUGACCAGAGAUGUACUGACAGAGCCCCUGGCUGUUGUUGAGGGCUAUAACUCCUAUUUCAGCUUCAGCCGCAGCCGUAGUGGCUAUUCUGGUGUGGCUACGUUUUGUAAGGACAGUGCUACCCCAGUGGCUGCUGAAGAAGGCCUGAGUGGUGUGUUUGCCACCCAGAAUGGGGAUGUUGGUUGCUAUGGAAACUUGGAUGAGUUCACCCAAGAGGAACUCCGGGCUCUGGAUAGUGAGGGCCGGGCCGUCCUUACCCAGCACAAGAUCCGCACUUUGGAAGGGAAGGAGAAGACCUUGACUCUCAUCAAUGUGUACUGUCCCCAUGCGGAUCCUGGGAGGCCUGAGCGGCUGACCUUCAAGAUGCGUUUCUAUCGCCUACUGCAGAUCCGAGCAGAAGCACUCUUGGCAGCUGGCAGCCAUGUGAUAAUCCUAGGGGACCUGAAUACAGCUCAUCGGCCCAUUGACCACUGUGACGCAGGCAGUCUGGAGUGCUUUGAAGAGGACCCAGGACGUAAGUGGAUGGAUGGCUUGCUCAGUAGCCCAGGGAUGGAGGCUGGAUCCCACAUAGGGCUUUUCAUGGAUAGCUACCGCUGGUUCCAUCCAAAACAGGAGAGGGCCUUCACCUGCUGGUCAGUGGUCAGUGGUGCACGCCAUCUCAACUAUGGCUCUCGACUUGACUAUGUAUUAGGAGACAGGAGCUUGGUCAUAGAUAUCUUCCAGUCCUCCUUCCUGCUCCCUGAUGUGAUGGGUUCUGACCACUGCCCUGUGGGAGCUGUCUUGAAUGUGUCCUGUGUGCCAGCAAAACAGUGCCCAGCUCUGUGUACCCGCUUCCUCCCUGAGUUUGCAGGUACCCAGCUCAAGAUUCUUCGCUUCCUAGUUCCUCUUGAACAAGAACCUUUACGAGUUCAGACAGUCCUGCAGCCCAGCCAUCAAAUCCAGGUACAGAAACACCCAAGCAAAGCUCGCAUGCACUCAACCAGGCCUCGGAAAAGUCAAGGUGUCUCCCAAAGGAACCAGAAAAACCUGAUGAGUUACUUCCAGCCUUCCUCUAGCCUUCCCCAGCCUUCUCCUGAUGUGGAGCUACCUAGCCUGCCUCUGGUGGGCCCUCUUACAAUCCCAAAGACUCCAGAAGAGUUGACAGUGGUGGAAGACAAAGUCAAGGUUUCAGAGGCCAAAAAUGAGAAGGAAGUACGGACCUCCUUCUGGAAGUCUAUGCUGAGUGGGCCCUCCCCUAUGCCCCUUUGUGGAGGCCAUAGGGAGCCAUGUGUGAUGCGUACUGUGAAGAAAGCAGGACCCAACUUGGGCCGCCAGUUCUACAUGUGUGCUAGGCCACGAGGUCCUCCCAGUGACCCCUCUGCUCGUUGUAACUUUUUUCUCUGGAGCAGGCCCAGCUGAAACAACUGAGGCCUAGGGAUGUCUGGCAUGGUUACCCCAUGUACAGGGUCUGAUGCCAGGUCCUUGUCUCUGAAAUUGCCUUCUCCCUGAGGCUUCCUUUCUUUCUCUGCUUCUUCUUCUCUUAUUUCCCUCUCUCCCUUCCCUUCUAAUGCCUUCUUCCUCUUCUCACAUCUCUACAGGGAACUAAUUUAAAUCCCUUCUGCCCUUGCUGGACACUGUAUUCAUUCAUAAAUAAAGUCUUUGUUUUAGUGUA